GUCGACUGUGUAAACCUUGAUCAGCUUGUCACAAAAUCUUCCUUUGAGUGGGAAGACAUCAGUUGUGCAAGAGAAGGCUGAGGUACCACAAUGAUCGGAAGGCUGGUUUCUUUGAUUCUUCUAAGUACAUUGUCUGUGACUGAAAUAAACGAGGUUCCUCAGCAGAUCUCUUUAACUGUGGCUAAACUUGGAGAUAAUGUGACUCUGACAUGUGCAAUCUUUGGAAGUGAUCCAAGGUUGUUUUACUGGUUUAAGCUGAAUUUUGGAUAUAUGGUUCAAACAGUUGCUAAAGGAAGUUUUGGGCAAAUUUCACAACAGUUUAACAACUCAAGAUUCAGUGCCACAAAAGUGGGUAAUGUGCGUUCUCUUACCAUAAGAAAUGUAAGCAAAGAAGAUGAAGCAACAUACUUCUGUCAAGCAGGAUCAUCAUUCAGUGUUAGCUUUAUUAAUGGCACAAUUUUGGCAGUAAAUGAUCCUAAAACCCAGCAAAAAUCUAUCACUGUGAAACAAACUCCAGAUGUGAAUUCAGUCCAGCUGAGUGAAACAAAGACUCUACAGUGUUCGCUCCUCUCUAAGAACAAAAAUGACAAACAUCAGUCCCCAGAUGAAGACAAAGUGCACUGGUUUAAAGGUGCAUCAGAAUCCUAUCCAGGUAUCAUUUACCAUGGCAGUAUAAAAAAAAAAGAGGAUGGGAGAUGUGACUACACUCUGUCCAAUACUAUAACAAAUUUACCUGAUGCUGGGCUGGACUACUGUGCGGUGGACACAUGUGGAGAGAUCCUGUUUGGUAAAGAAACUAAAGUGGAGAUAGAAUUCCCGGUCAUUACUGUGCUCGGGGCACUGCUGACCUGCUCCGUGCUUGUGAAUUUUGCACUGGUUUUCACCAGAAAGAAAAAACCUUGUGAACAUGGCAAAGGAAAAGUAACAGUCUUUAGGGAUGUUGGACAAGAAAGAUCACCUGCGAACCAAAUAAGCAAUGAGGAGGGUGAAGAAGUAGAAUUAAACUACGUGGCUCUGGAUUUCCCCUCAAGAAAAUCUUCAAGAUGGAAGAGUAAGGAGUCACCAGAGUGCAUCAUAUACUCUAGCAUCAGAGAGGGCCAGUAAAAAGCUGUCCCUGUGAAAAAUGCAGUGGGGUUUUUUUUGUUUUGUUUUUUGCUGUAAGAAAAAUUAUUUUAAUUGCCUUUAUGAAGAUUUUUUUCCCAGGAUUCUUGUUUAUGUAUUCUAUAAUGAUUAAAUAGGUAGAGUUUUUAAUAUAUAUGCAGUGUAUGUUUAUGGCAUGGC